CCUAUAACUAUUGCACGACUUGUAGUUUCUAAGUUGCCGGAACGAUGAAAAGGGAUAAAAUGGCAGCACAUACUUUUGUAAAGGCGUAUUAAGAGGCUGCAAAUGACAAUGCAGCUUGCUGUUGUUUUUAGUAGUUGCCAUAUGAAUGAUAGGCUUUACUUACGAGGUUUUUAAGUUACAUGACAGACAUCAUCACAGUUGUAGUAAUGGUUUGUAAUAAUACAUGGACGUAAUAAAAGGAUGAAAUGCUGUUAGCAGCAAUACAAAUGUUAUUUUUCAAAAAUUAUCAUUGCUGUCAUUUAAAAAAAUUCUUAUCAUUACCAUAAUAUUAUCAUUAUUAUUAUCAAAAUCAUUGUCGAUUUGGUGGCAUUUCAUAAUUAUGAUUAACAUUAUCUUUAUACCAUCUUUAUCGCUACCUUUACACCAUUAUUAUGUUCUUGUUCUUGUUCUUGUUCUUGUUCUUCUUCUUGAUAUCAUAAUAAUUAUCAUCACCACUAGUGUUAUCCGACGCAGAUUUGAUAUCUCAAUGCUUACUUUGACCUCUACUGUGAUUAUCGUUUCUGUUUUAGGUGGCGUUAAUAAAAACGACCUUGACCAAAUGAAGGCCUUGCCGCAGCACCAGCCCAGCGGCAAGUGGCGCCCUUCGCUCCGGCCAAAGGUCACCAGGGUCAAAAAUGCUUCGUUCCUGACCUUGACCCUGCCCCUGACAUUGCUUUUCUUCCUCGUGUCUACUUGCAACGCCGCCACGAAGCUAAAACACACGUCCUUCACCUCGUCCUUCACAGCUGGUCAUGGCGUGGUCGCAGGAGGGGGACUGGGCGGGGAUGGGAGUUCCCCAUUGCUAAAAAUAGUAACGGAAGGUGACGUCGUCUUCGGUGGGCUUUUCCCGAUGCACGAGCAAGGUCUCCACGGUGGGGCAACUUGCGGAAGGAUUAAACGAGAGAAAGGGAUACAGCGACUCGAGGCGAUGCUCUACGCUGUAGAUCUCCUCAACGCCGACUCUGAAAUCCUUCCGGAAUUGAAAAUUGGGUUACACGUUUUGGACACUUGCAGCGAUGACACAUUUGCUCUCGAGCAGUGCAUGGACUUUAUCAAAGCGCAGCUGUCUAGCAUCGACGUGGACGACUAUGAGUGCAGGGAUGGCUACCCGCCAAUAUUUCACCCGCUCCGCCCCGUGGCUGGAGUGAUAGGAGCCGCGUCUAGUCCUGUCUCCAUUAUGGUGGCCAAUAUCUUGAGACUUUUCAAG